GUCGAGGCGGCGGCGGCGCAGGUGCUGGUCAUCAACACGGGCGGCACCAUCAGCAUGGUGCCCGACGACAAGGGACUCACUCCUGAGGCCAAUAAGUUAGUAAAAAGCUUGAAAAACAUGCCACAGCUGCAUGAUGAAGCAUAUGCCCAGGAAAAAAAGCUGUAUGAUUUCCAUGAAUAUCCAGAUAAGACAUUGGUGCUCCCUGUCUCUAAGCAAAACAAAAGAAUUAUCUACACAAUCCUGGAGCUCUCACCAUUACUUGAUUCUUCCAACAUGACUCCAGAGGACUGGGCCAAAAUUGCAAGGAAACUUGAGGAGCACUAUGAAAAGUAUGAUGGCUUUGUGAUUCUUCAUGGUACUGAUACAAUGGCCUAUACAGCGUCAGCCUUAUCCUUCAUGUUUGAGAACUUGGGCAAAACUGUCGUUGUGACAGGCUCUCAGGUGCCCCUGUACGAGUUGAGGAAUGACGGCCGAGCCAACCUACUGGGAGCACUGCUCUUUGCUGGGCAGUUCGUGAUUCCUGAGGUGUGCCUGUAUUUUUAUAAUAAACUGUACAGGGGAAAUAGGGUGACUAAGGUGGAUGCUGAGAGUUUCAAUGCCUUUUCCUCACCUAACCUGCCUCCACUUGCAAAUGCUGAGGUUGAUAUUAAAAUAAACUGGGAUACAGUGUGGAGAGCCAAUACCAAAAAGAAAUUUCGAGUUCACACCAAUAUGAACAGGAAUGUUGGGCUUCUGCGAAUCUUCCCAGGAAUCACUGCUGCUGCUGUAAAAGCAUUUCUUCAGCCUCCAACUGAGGGCAUUGUACUUGAAACUUAUGGAAGUGGCAAUGCCCCAAAUAACAGAGAAGACUUGCUGGAAGAACUGAAGAAAGCAACUGAACGAAAAGUGGUGAUUCUAAACUGUACCCAGUGUUUACGAGGGUGUGUUACAAAUGUCUAUGCUACAGGGCAGGCUCUUGCUGAUGUUGGAAUAAUUCCUGGAGGUGAUAUGACACCAGAGGCAGCCCUAACUAAACUGUCAUACACACUCAGCAAGAGUGAGCUUAGCUGGGAGAAGAAGAGGCAGAUGCUGAGUGAGAACCUAAGAGGAGAAAUGACUGUUGUACCCACAGGAGACAAGCUCUCUCUGAGAGACAGCAAGUUUAUUCAAAUGAUUGCCAAAUCUCUGAGUAUCAGCUGCAAGGAGGAGCUAGAAGCCAUAAGAGAUGCAUUAAUUCCACCUUUGGCUUGUGCUGCAGCUAAAGUGGGUGACAUAGAUGCACUAAAAGCCAUAAGAGAAAUGGGUGGAAACUUGAGCUGUGGAGACUACGAUGGCCGAACUCCACUUCAUAUUGCAGCCUCUGAAGGGCAUUUACCACUAGUCGAAUAUUUGUUGAUGUCUGGUGCAACUGUUUAUGCUAGGGACAGAUAUGGAUCUACUCCACUGACAAAUGCAGUCCAAUUCAGGCGCACAGAAGUGAUUCACUUACUACGAGAAACUGGAGCUCACCUUUCGAGCCAUGACUUGGAGAACACUGGAACAAUACUCUGCAGCCUGGCAGCUAAAGGUGAUGUGGAUGGGCUGUAUGCUUGGUACCAAGCCGGUGCAGACCUGGAGCAAACUGGCUAUGAUGGCAGGAAUGCCCUAGAAGUAGCAAAGGCUAAAGGGCAUACAGAGAUUCUUGACUUCUUUGGACAUUAGCAGUAAAGAAGACUGUAGAAGAUGGUCGUUGAUCUUCAGCAAAACCAGCUUUGAAUCCUUAAUGACGUUAAGCAGUUACAGGGGGGAAAAAAGAAAGAAAGAAUGGUGGCUACACAUCAAGCAUGCAGGAAAGCUAGAAUUGAUGCAACUUUAAGGCCUCACUGAUUUUCUAAAAAUGAUUUGCUGCUUUAGGUUUUAAUCACUUUUUAAAUGAUUUUUUAAAGUAAACAGUGAGGCUGGAAUGUAUUAUCUCUUUACUGUACAAGUUCUGUUUUCAAGUAGACCUCUUGAAUCUUCGUAUGUUAAAUCAAUGAGGGAAGUAUUGCAUACGUAACAAAAUGAAAUACUGUGGUGAAUUUAUAGCAAGAAAAAUAAAUGGAUUGUACACUUCUGUGUUUAAACUAGUAAAAUCUCUGAGGAACAAUGUUGGUUUCACUGUGUUUUUUGCAACAGCUUGUAUCUCAUCAGUUGCAAUUACAGCAAUUGAGAGUGUCAGUGCAAACAAUUGAAUCAGUCAUAGGCAUCUGCCUGAAGUUGGGUACUAAUCUUCGCUAGUGUGUCACUAUAAAACUUCACUUAAAAUGAGUAGGAGGCAGAUGCCGUAAAGCAUAUUUGUGGGGCUGUCUAAGUGAACUGAUUGUUUUGUUUCUAAUAGUGUCUUUACCACAUCCUAACUGGAAUAUAAUCAAAAUUGCUACAUACUGGACACUUAAUUCUUUGGAUUAUGGAAGUGAUUUGAGUAUUAACAGACCUUCAGUUUAAAGUUCCACUACACUGAGACUACAGAAAAAAAAAGCAAUAUGUAUCUUUUGAUAUAUCUUUUGAGCUGUGCCUACACUGGAAUGUGUAAACUUAGAGAUUACUUCAGGCAAAUGCAUAUAUUGGAGAGGCAACUUUUAAUUUCAUCUACAGCUUCCAUGAUAAUCUAUGUGGAUUUUAUAUCUGCUUCAUCUGAAGUAAAUCUUUGAAAUGCAGAUUUUCCCCCCCUCUUUUUACUCUUCACCCUUUCCAUAGAUAUUCUUAUCAUGGAUAAAAGCUGCACUGAGCUUGCUAGUAUUUAAAGAUUCCCAAGGUGUGUUGCAUAUCAGAUCCCACCAGAAACAGGAUAACUGUGCAUGUAGUUUGAGAAAAUAGCAUGUAUAUCCUGGUUUAAAUAAUGAUAAUAAUAAUAAAAUGCAUGUUUUUUUAAUGUGAAGAGCUUGUGCACCUCUUAACUGCAGUCACAAAAAAUACAACUAUACUGUCUCAUUAUUAAAUAAUUGAUGUUACAUAGCAAAAACAUUCUUUAUAUUGAAUAAAAUUAAUACUGAAUUAGGUAAAUGAGAUCUGAAGUAAACUUCAGAAAUUAGGCUUCCAAUUGAACACCUUUUUGGUGUUUUAUCUCUAAAUACAUAAAUGGAAUAUAUGUAACAACAUCUGUGAAAAUUUUUACAAUCAGGCAAAAAAAGUGUUGACUUUUCUUCCUACAGUAUUUAGACCUAGUAUCUUAACUCUU